CAUGCGCGUACGCGUUGUUGCUGACUAGCUCCCACUAGCUUCGUUAGCAGGCUGCUUCUUUCUCCUCCUCUAACCUUUAACUUUACUGCCUGGUUUGAAGUCAGUAAGUCAGUCUGCCGGCGUCCAAACCAUCGUUUUUUCCACCAUGCUACAGUUCCUGGCCGGCUUCACCUUGGGAAAUGUUGUGGGGAUGUAUCUGGCUCAAAACUAUGACGUUCCCAACAUAGCGAAGAAAAUCGAUGCCUUUAAAAAAGACGUGGAGGCCAAGAAGAAGCCCCCAGAGUGAGCCGAGCGGGAGCGUGUUGCAAACCAGAACAGAUGGACUCUGGAGAGAAACUAUUUAUUUUACAGGGUUACGAUAAGAAGCAUACAUUUGAUUUAAAGACUGAUGUAAAAUAUGUUUGAGAAUAUAUAAACAGUGCCUGGAGCCACAUUUGUUUCUUCCUUUUAGUUUUAUAGGCAUAUUUUAAACUGUAGCCUAUUUUUUAUAAAAAAAAAAAGAUAAAUCGUGCAAAAACUUGGAUUUAAAGAAUAUUGCAGCUAAACUGGUGGGAUCACUUUAAAUCCAGUACGAUGGCACUUUCUUGGAUGCACUGUGGUGUUUUACACAAGAUGUUCAUUACUUUCACAUCAGGAGAUAACAUGUCUUCUGUGUUGUCUUCAAACAUUUGGCUUUACAAGCUUCCAGUUUAUCCACGACUGCCAAAGUUUUUAUGACAUUAGCGCAAACACAGUUCUGAAUCAUUCAGCUUACAAUAAAGUUCUUGAUAAUGA